UUCCUCUGAGACCUGUGGUACCAAAUAUGACGGCACCGUCGUACCAGCUUUCGAAGUUCGUUGGGAGCAUCCUCCAGAAGUCACUGGUAAGUGAAUACAACAUUAAGGACUCCUACACUUUUUGUGAGUUCAUCAACAACGUAACACUACCGGAAAACUACGUGUUGAUUUCACUCGAUGUGAAAGCUCUCUUCACAUCGAUUCCGAAAUCGCUGGUCUUGAACAACAUCAUAAUGAGGUGGGACGAGAUAAAACCCAACACGAAUAUAAACCUAGAUCUGUUCCUUGAGAUCGUAGAAUACUGUAUAGAUUCUAGCUACUUCCGGUAUGAUGGUCAACACUACCACCAAAUCUUCGGAACCGCCAUGGGAAACCCGCUAUCCUCGGCCACAGCCGACUGGAUCAUGGAGAGCCUGCUAAAUUCAGUCUUGAACAAACUAAACAUCCCGCUACCGUUCAUUCGGAAGUUUGUCGAUGAUCUGGUGACUGCAAUCCCACUCAACCAACUACAAAGCGUACUGCAAGCAUUUAACAGCUAUGACACCCACAUCCAGUUCACGCACGAACUGGAAGUGGAUAACUGCCUACCCUUCUUGGACAUGCUGCUCAUUCGCCACGAGAACCAAAAGGUCACAACGCGGUGGUACCAAAAACCCAUAGCGAGUGGGAGGUUUUUGAAUUUCCGGUCAUUUCACCCCCUAGGGCAAAAACUGAAUACGGCCAGAAACUUCAUAAAUAGAGUGAAUCGUUUGUCAACAGACCUAGAUGAAGUUUCCAAAAACCAACUAAUAGACAAACACCUCAAGCUUAAUAACUACCCCAAGUCAUUACGCAACAGGCUGGCCAAUAGAUCAAAUACCCGCAAUGACUCCCCAACAGCAACACCGGAUGAAAUGGACCUGGAACAUACCUACCGUUCAAUCGCAUACAUGCCUCACCUGUCGAAUCGCAUCGACAAGGAAAUCCAGAAAAACUACAAAAACAUACGACUUGCAACAUACAACUGGAAAUCUGUAGGAGGUUUGUUCACAAAAGUGAAGGACCCGAUCCCCGAAGAUCAACAGACGGAUGUCAUCUACUCCAUCCCAUGCAACGACUGCUCUGCCUGCUACAUAGGCAUGACGACAAACAGGCUCAAAACAAGGAUCAGCGGCCACAAAACACACUACAACGUGCUAGACAGAUUACAGCAAACAGGAGUCAGCAUAACGGAUCCGCAAAUCAUCCAGCUCCAGCAGAAAACAGCCCUAAUGGAACACACGAUCGUCGAAAACCACCGAUUCAACCUAGAAAACACAAAAAUUUUAGACAAAACAAACAAAUCACACACACUCCCAUAUUUGGAAAUGUGUCACAUCGUGAACAACAGCAACUGCAUCAACCGAAGAACAGACACAGAGGGUUUAAAUGCAAUAUACGCAGGAAUACUUCACAAGCUAGGAACGAAAAAACAGAAAAACACAGAAAAUGUAAACACACACGGAAUCACAACAAACACGGAUAAUACACAUACACACAACAUAAUCGAAACACCACUCACACAAGAUUGAAAAUGUCAAUAUCAGUCUCGAAAGCGUAGAGUGCAGGUGCAAGAAAAAAGCGUAGGCAGAAAGAAAUCACAGAAGCGAUAAAAAACAAGCUUUGUGCGAUUAAGCUGCUAUAAAGUUGCGAAACACAGUGUCGGGCGUAAAAAUCGACACACAUGCAGCACCAAAGACGCCAUUACAAACCAUCUACAGACACAAUACAGACAACCAAAUGUAGGCCACUACACAUGUUUACAAAAAUACAAACUCCUGUAAGUAGGGGAAAAUGGGGCACAUUGAGGGAAAGAAUCGGAAAUCAAUGUAUAUUCAAACACCAAAUUUUUAGAUCCCCUGAAGAAGGUUCAAUAAAGAACCGAAACGUCGGACGUAGGAGCAAAAACUGUGUUUGCUAACCACUCAGACUGCUAUUGCCGAAAAA